UUCUCGGCUACCUUCGUCACUCACGUGAUUCAACGUCACAUUAGUCCCUAGUGGUAGCUAGCGGUGGAGCUGGAAAAAUCUGCUGCCAGAACUUAUUUUUUUUUUCUUGACUGAAAACGAUAAACAUGGAGAUUGGGACAGAGAUUAGCAAGAAAAUAAGAGCUGCUAUCAAGAGCAAGCUUCAAGAGCUUGGAGCGUAUAUUGAUGAAGAGCUUCCCGACUAUAUUAUGGUGAUGGUGGCGAACAAGAAGACCUCCCAACAGAUGGCUGACGAUCUUUCUCUUUUCCUCGGAAACAACACAAUUAAGUUCACAGCCUGGUUACAUGGUGUCCUGGAGAAAUUAAGAUCUGUUGCAGUUGAGCCUGCAUCCCUCAGACAUCAGCUCCAUUCUGACAGCAGUAAUGUGGCUGGGAAGAGUCGACUGUCUGUAAGUGAAGAUGGCAGAACAGAGGAGGCGAAGGUGUUGACAGUGUCCAGCUCUGGUGCUGAUAGGACUGAAGCGCGUGUGUCUAGUUCUGCACAUGACAGCAGGAGGGGGACCUCAGAGAUGAGUUCUUCUCGACUUACCUCCACUGUAAAACCCCUCAUGGAGCUGCUCCCCUCAGAGGCUGUUAUUGAUAUCAAACCGGAGAUGGAUGAUGACCUUAUUGCUGAGGAACCUGUAGAAAUGGGCACCAACCACAGACGAACACGUGGUACAGCUAGUAGACCCACAACGGAAAUCUACAGAAUGAGUCAGAGCAAAUUUACAUCAGUUGGCUCUGUGGACACGGUCCGGGCCAUAGAAGGGUCCUCUCACACCAGGCAGCAGGACAGCAGAAGCAGCAGAGCCUCCAGAACCAGCUCCAGUAAGGUACAUAAAAUCCAUAAUAAUAAGGUUGUGGUGCGAGUGAACCGAGCUGCAGACGAGGACAGUGACGAUGUGGAAGAGGAGGAUUCAAACUAUGGAGGAAGAGGCUUGUCCAGUAGAGUGUCCCUGCCAUCCAAACCAGAGCGCAAACCCACUCUCCCUCCAGCCAAGCAAGCCAACAGGAAUCUGAUACUCAAGGCCAUCUCUGAGGCACAGGACUCAAUCACCAAAACUACAGCCUACACUGCAAUGCCACAGAGGCAGACUGUUCCUGUGGCGCCUCGUACUCGCUUAGCCAGCAGCGAGGAGAUGACAGCAGCAAUCCAGUUGGUUCAGGAGCAUCUCCACAGCCUGGCCCCCCGAGCACAAGCCUACACCUCUGCAGUGCUACCUCCAUCAAGAACACCUGCUCCAGCCAGAUCCUUGGCUUCACGCCUCCAGCUGGACUUAGCAGAGAGCAAUGACGGAAGAGAGCAGCGUGACUAUGGCACUGAGGUUCCUGCAGGCAGUGAAGCAAAGACAUUUGACACCCGCUCUUUCAUAAUGAGCCGAGCUCAGCUGGAGGUAUCUCAACCCAGACCUCAGCAGCGUCUUCAGCUCAAAGAGGAAGUCCCGCAUGCUUUACCACGCACUGUCCAGGCUAGUAAGGAGAGGGGUGACUAUAUUAGCCCCAAGUUCAUAGUGACAUUGGAUGGGGUACCAAGCCUGCUGGGGAAUCUUGCUGACUGUGACAUGGAGCUGGAAGACGUGAGACCACCCACAAAGGUCACUGAGGCGACUGUCAGCCUCAACAGGGAGCCCAAAACCAGCGUCCUUAACAGGCUUCAGGGAGGGGUUACAUCAUCAGGAGAUGAUGUGAUGGAAGUUGAUAUGGCAGAUGAGGACAUCGUCCCUUUAAAGAAGCAGAAAGUUAUGGAGCGUUGCAAGUUCUGGCCUGUCUGUAAAAGUGGAGAUGAGUGUAUGUACCACCACCCUACAACACAGUGCAAGACUUUUCCUAACUGCAAGUUUGGGGAUAAAUGCCUCUUUGUCCAUCCUAACUGCAAAUAUGACGCCAGGUGUACCAAGCCAGACUGUCCCUUCACUCAUGUCAGCCGCAGAGGCACAGCUGCUCCUCCACCUAAGCCAGCAAUGCAGCCAGUGCAGACUGUGAGUGUGUGUCGUUUUUUCCCUGAGUGCAAGAAAGUGGACUGUCUGUUUUAUCAUCCCAAGCCUUGUCGCUUCGCGGCGCAGUGUAAACGCGCCGGAUGUACCUUCUACCACCCAACCACAUCGGUGCCUCCGAGACACGCCCUGAAGUGGACGAAAGCACAGAGCAGUUAAUGAAGUCUACCAAGUCUGAUUAUGUGAAGCUCUGGAAGAUGCUUUGUCUUAAGAAUUUUCAUUUUUAGAUUUUAACUGUUUUAUUUUGCUGUAAUUGUUUGGACCUAUUUUUAAGAAAACUGUUUUGUAUGAUGAACAGGUUUUUGUUAAUGCUCCUGAGAAUAUUAAAGUUCUCCACAGUGAA